AUGAACCCGCACAUAUCCGUCCCCCGUCAACAUGGCAGCUCUCCCAACUUCGGCGGCAUGCCCGCAAACCGCGGGUCGAGUAUACGGAUGUCGCGUUUCUUCAAGAGAAUGUUCAAGUUCCCGCAGAUGGACUUUGAGAUGGCCAUCUGGGAGAUGACGUCGCUUCUAAUCGCGCCAAAGAAGGUAUUCAAGUCAAUAUACUACCAUAAACAAACGAAAAACACAUGGCACCGCCCCGAUCCAUCCUUCACAUACCUCCUCUCGUUCUUCCUCCUCCUCACAGCCCUCGCCUGGGGUCUCGCAUACGCCCCGUCAUUCGGCUCAAUUGUCCGCCUCUCCCUCCUCUUCAUUUUUCUCCACUUCCUCGGCUCCUCCCUGCUCGUAUCGACAAUAGGCUACUUUGUCGUCGGCCGCCUGUUCGGCCCCAACGGUGCUGCAGCAUCCAUCACAGGUCUACGCAUCCGCGGCCGCCGACGCGGUGCAGCACAGGGCCUCUUCACGCAACCCGGCGAGAAGGAUCAAUUAGAAUUCGGCUACUGCUUUGACGUCUCCAACCGCGCCUUCUUCCCCCUCUACCUCCACCUCUAUGUCGUGCAAUUCCUCCUCCUUCCCCUCUUAACCCGCAGCCCAAGUAACUUCCUCGCAACCUUCCUGGGCAACACGCUCUACCUCUCCGCAUUAAUUUAUUACACAUACAUCACCUUUCUCGGGUACAACGCGCUCCCGUUCCUACAUAACACGGAACUUCUGCUCCUUCCGAUUCUCGUCUUCGCCAUUCUGUGGCUUGUUUCUCUUAUUGCUGGUUGGGGCAUUGUCAUGCAUGGUCGGAGCGUGGUGGGGUUAUUUUGGGGUGUAUAA